CAUCAGUGAACAUUUAUUUCUCAAGCAGUGUAAAUAUUACAAAUAUUAAAGCUUAUCGCUGGAAAAAAAAUAAACAAAAUGAAGACACUUUUUGUAGUCAUUUUUGCCAUUAUCUUGAUUCUGAAAGACUCAAAUGCAGUUAAUGUAGAUUGUUCCAUUCAAGAUAAUGUGUGGACUCCUUUUGGACAUUUCAAGGAAUGUCUAGCUUAUAGAGUUGUUUCAAAAGAACCUGGACAGAAAUUAGAAGCAAUUGAAUCUUACACAGAUCUUGCUGAAUUAAAGUCCUUUUACAUUUAUCAAUCUCCAUAUUGCUUUUAUUUGCCAAGUGGCAUUGAAAAAAUAUUCCCAAAUUUGAAAACCUUGAUCAUUGCAUAUAGUGGACUUAUGUCAAUUACUCAAGAUGAUUUAGCACCGUUUCCUGACCUUCUUGGACUUUACAUCGAUGUUACUAAAAUUACAUCAAUUCAUGGCGAUUUGUUCAUCAACAAUAAGAAUUUGGAAGAACUUUCAUUGCAACAAAAUCAAAUCACAUAUGUCGAACCUGAUAGCUUUAAAUUUUUGACAAAAUUGAUAUCAUUUGACUUCAAUGGCAAUUCAUGUCAUAGUAAGAAAGCAAACGGUAGAGAUAAUGUCGAAAGUUUAAUGAUUGAUAUCGAAACAAAUUGUAAUGUUAAAGAGUUUGUUAAGCCCGAAAUUGAAAGUUCAUCUCAAGUUCAAAAUAUUUUGGAUUUGUAUGUAGAUGAAGAUGAUUAAGAAAAUCA